AUGACAAAUACUCUAUACUUGUUGCCAAUGCAUUUGCCUACCAGUCCUUCACUCAUCCACUUCUCGCCAAAUGUCACACAACAUGAAGAGCGAGAAGAAGAGAAGGAACACAGCAUUGGAUACGAAUGGAAACAAGAAAACUCGUAUAUGACUUGUAUUUCAAGUCGACUCCACUAUACCUUUUCGUUCGCUCGUCAAUGCGUUCAUCACAUCAGCAGAUGUUGUGAAUUGACUCCUAAAAAAGUUGUUUCAAUGAGAUUUUCCCAAUGCCUCAGCCCUUAUAUGCCCAAAGCCAUACCGAGAGUCGAGUCCAACAACUUUUUUCUUCUCUUACUCUACCGACGACUUGAUAUAUUAAAAAGGGCUGGAAGUGAUGGACUGACUGCCACUACACUCGUCAGCGAUGGUGUACGAAGGGAAGUGGAGGUCAUCUCCAAGAAAUAG